AUGGCUCCCUCGACGCAUCCUCCCUGUACGCCAACAGCGUCAUGCCAACCAAUAAGAUGUCAUCCUACGCCUCCACCAUGUCGAAAUCCAGAAAAAUGUUUGAAAAAGACGAGUUCAAAAGGUCUAAAGCCUUGCAGAAGCGCUGUGUCUAUAAUGGCGACCAGGCCCAAAGCAUCGUGUGCAAGUUGUGGCAAGUUCGGGACUAAGACCUCAGAUCCUCGAAAUGUAAAAUCAGUAGAAAAAUUUCUUAAAGAAAAGUCUAAAGAAGCAAAAAUGAAAAAAAAAGAUAGACUUAAAGGAACUAACUCUUAUGCUAAUUAUAUGAAAAAGAAAGCUGUAUAUUCGACAAAAAGCCUUAAACCUUGCGUAUCAGAGGCCUCGUGCAGUAUUCAUAAACAUAGACCGCAUCCGGUGCCUUGUGCUCAACCUGAAAAAUGUUACAAGAAAUGUAUAAAAAAAAAAGGUACAUGUCCAAGCGCUAUGGAAACAAUCAGUCGCCAGGGAUCACCUUGUCAGUCGACCUUGGUGGAGUCGGAGGUGAAGUGCGGUUGCAGCAUUGGUAACAUGAGCUGCUUGUUCCAGAUGGGCGAGCGCGCGCGGCGAGCGGGCGGCCGCGCGGCGUCGGGUGACACGCGGUGUGCGACGCUUGCGCCAUACACCGGCUUCUUGCUUGUAACG